GAAGAACAAGCUCAUAACACCUGCCAGCACUAAUUUAAUGCAAAAUUCUAAUAUUGCCCGGAUUUGUCAUUCCGGAGUUUUCAGAGGAGGAUUUACUGGUAAAUGGAAACGUAAGAGAUUUCUAAAGCAUCACGUAAUUCCUAUUGACUAUAAUUAGAGGAAAAACUUUUUUGACAACUUGCGAAUCCUGAACAAAGCAGCGAAGCCGAAUUACAAGUUGCCUACAGAGAUACACAUUUCUACUUUUAGUUUGGAAGUCUAACGUUACUCAACGCCACGUUACUGUCCAUCGACAUCGCCAGCAGAGCCAACCUGCAUUUCAAGACUCCAAAGGUUAACACUGCUGUCAUUGCUAUGGAGACCACCCAAGCCCUCCUCCUCUUUCUACUGAGUUUAUGUGUCUACAGUUGCCAUGCCAAUGCACGGACUGCUCCCAGAGUGCAUUUGUCAUACAAAGAGCUGAUGGAGACACGGACGGCACGGCCUUUCUCCUUCUCCUUCAACACCAGUGACUACCGCAUCCUGCACAUGGACCAGGACCAGGGUCGUCUCUACCUGGGCAGCCGGGAGUACCUAGUGGCCCUGGACAUGCACAACAUCAACAAGGAGCCCCUCAUAAUUCACUGGCCGGCCACUACCCAGAGGAAAGGAGAGUGUAGAAUGACUGGAAAGGGUGGGCGGGGGGAGUGUGCAAACUUUGUGCGUCUGAUCGAACCCUGGAAUCGCACACACCUGUACACCUGUGGCACAGGGGCCUACAAGCCCAUCUGCACCUUCAUCAACAGAGGAUGGAGAGCAGAGGAGUACCUGUUCAGGCUGGUCCCUGGCUAUGUGGACUCAGGGCAAGGGAAAUGUUCCUAUGACCCACUGCAGGAGAAUGCUGUGGCCCUUAUCAAUGGGAAUCUGUAUGCAGGAGUCCACGUUGACUUCAUGGGCACGGACCCGGCCAUCUUCAGAACCCUGGGAGACAGACCUGCCGUCAGGACUGAGCAAUAUGACUCCCGCUGGCUGAAUGAGCCUGUGUUUGUGAAGAUCCAGCAGAUUCCUGACAGCUCCGAGAGGAACGAUGAUAAGCUCUACUUCUUCUUUCGGGAGAAGAGCCUGGAUUCGGCUGGGGGGGGUAGCCCCAGUGUCCUGGCCAGGGUGGGCCGAGUAUGCCUGAAUGAUGAUGGGGGUCAGAGGUCACUGGUCAACAAGUGGACGACCUUCCUGAAGGCUCGGCUGGUGUGCUCAGUGAUAGGCAGUGAUGGUGUGGAGACCUAUUUCGAUGAGCUGAGGGAUGUCUUCAUUCAGCCAACACAAGACGAACGCAAUCCUGUCGUGUACGCUGUCUUUUCCACUGCGGGGUCUGUGUUUAAGGGCUCAGCCGUGUGUGUGUACUCUAUGUCCGACAUUCGCAAUGUCUUCAAUGGCCCCUUCUCACACAAGCAUGGACACAACUACCAGUGGACCCCCUACACUGGAAAGAUCCCCUACCCUCGCCCUGGAACGUGUCCAGGAGGAACGUUCACCCCGGGCCUCCGCUCCACCAAGGAGUUUUCGGAUGAGGCAGUGAACUUUGUGAGGGCACACCCCCUCAUGUACCACCCUGUCUACACAAUACACAAGCGCCCUCUGGUGGUCCGAACUGGGGUGGACUACCGAUUCACCUCCAUCGUGGUGGACCUGGUGGAUGCUGUGGACGGGAGGUAUGAGGUGCUCUUCCUGGGCACAGAUCGUGGGACAGUCCAAAAGGUGAUAGUACUCCCUAAAGACACUAGCACAACAGAAGAACUCACAUUAGAGGAAGUGGAAAUGUUCAGGACUCCAGCUCCUAUUAAGACUAUGAAGUUAUCAUCAAAAAGGCAACAGCUGUAUGUGUCGUCAGAGAGGGGGCUUACCCAGUUGUCCCUGCACAGGUGUAGCGUCUAUGGGAAGGCCUGUUCAGACUGCUGCCUGGCCAGAGACCCUUACUGUGCCUGGGACGGGGAGACAUGUGCCACCUUUAGCCCCUCCACCAAGAGGCGAAGCAGAAGACAGGAUAUUAAGCAUGGAAACCCCUUGCGGCAGUGCAGAGGGUUCAAUGCAAAAGUGGAGAAGCGUCUCAGUGAAACGGUGCAGUUUGGGGUGAAGGGGAGCAGUACGUUCCUGGAGUGCCAACCUAGAUCUCCACAAGCGACAGUCAAAUGGCUCUACCAGACACCAGACGGCAGGAGGAAAGUGCUGAGCCGAGACGGAGAGGUGCUGAAGACAGCUCAUGGCAUCUUGCUCAAGUCUCUGAGCCACGCUGACAGGGGGCUGUACCACUGCCUGGCCACUGAGAACAACUUCAAGCACACGGUGGUCCGCGUGGCCCUCCGCAUCCUGGACCGAGAGAUAGUGGAGGCCCUCACCUCCCUGGAUGCCCCGCUGGAGGACCAGAACCUACAUCACCACCCGCACCCCCACCACCCACCGCCCCUGCCUCAAACUCUGCCACUGCAGUUCUCCUCCCAGCCGGAGAUCCGCCUCAUCAACCAGUACUGUCAGUCCUACUGGCAGCAGUUCAACCCCAACCUUCCCACAAAACGCACCAACAGGAAGCAUGUCAAGAGCCAGCCAGAGCCAGCCCCAGGGGGCCCUAUCCCCUCCUAGACUCCUUCUCUCCCCUCUCCUUCACAGGUGCCUGGGCCAGGUCCUGGAGGGUCACAGUGGCCCUCCACACUGCAGAGUCACUCACUCAUGUUGUGAUGUUGAUGUUGUUAUGUGUAUUGUUCAUCCCAUUCCCAUUCAGGGUUCGUCUCCAUGGGCCCAAUUCUGACUUUAGAUCAGUGCACAUAGCUAUGUGCUUUCUUGUAAAUCCUCUAUUGAUGUCAUUGAGAGUUGAGGUCAAAUUCGAGUUACACGCACAGAGGGUUUGGUCCUAAAAAUCUUUCAUUUAUUUAGCAAAUGAACUGCCCUAUUCAGUCCAAAUUAGUAACUAGUAACCUGAAUAUAAUCCCUGAUCCUAUAAACCUGGGUAUUAUCAAUUGGAUUGCUACUUAUGUUAUAGUAUGUCUCACUCAGUAUAAGCAGUUUUAGAAACUGCAGAGGAUUGUUAGUGUACACAAGAGUUGUCUAGCAAGCACCAUGGUAGUUAGGCGAUAGGGAGACCCUAUCAUAUGACUUAUUGUAAAACCAUACUUUUACAAUCCAUUUGUUCCCCUGAAUCCAACAUUUUCAAAAAUCAGUGUUUCAAACAUUCAUUUGAACUAAUUGAUGAAAAAUGGGCAAUUUUUGUAUUACAUAAUGUGUAUUGUGUUUCCAUUGAAAAUAUAGUAACAGUAGAAUCCUGCCAAUGUCAAAUCAGGAAGAAUAUGGCUCAGUUUUUCAUCCGCCUUUUAUUAAGAUUCUGAUAUAGCAAUGAGGUGAUCUAUUUCAGCAAAUUUACAUUGUUUUGAUUGUGUUUUUAAAAGGACGUAUCACAGAAAAUGUGGAUAAUCAGAAACUCCUGCUUAAUUUGACCAAACGUAUUUGUUAGCAGGAAGAAACUGACCAAAUGAGUCUCUACUUGUUUUUAUUUGUUGUACUCUUUGGGUUUAUGCAUAUAUA